ACGUAAUUUCCUCUUUUCGGCAGAGCAGGGAUAGCUAGCCUUUAAGCCUUGAAAAUGAGUUUGUUUUUGCCUAAAUUAACUUGCAAAAAAGACAUUGAUGAAGUUAUUAAAGGGGUAGCAGAAAAAGUCGUAGUACUGAGGUUCGGCAGAGAUGAGGACUCGAUUUGCCUCCAUAUUGACGAGAUUCUGUCAAAAACUGCCCAUGACCUGAGUAACAUGGCGUCCGUCUACAUCGUGGAUGUGGAUAAAGUGCCUAUCUACACAAGAUACUUUGACAUCAGUUACAUCCCCUCCACUGUUUUCUUUUUCAACGGACAGCACAUGAAAGUGGAUUAUGGCUCCCCAGAUCACACCAAGUUUAUUGGCAGCUUCAAGACCAAACACGAUUUCAUGGAUCUGAUAGAGGUCAUUUACAGAGGAGCCAUGCGUGGGAAGAUGAUUGUCCAGAGUCCCAUAGAUCCUCAAAAUAUUCCCAAAUUUGAUCUCCUUUACCAUGGGAUUUAAAAUCAACACCUCCACCUCGUGGCCUUAUCCUCAAACAGAUUUCACUGAGUGGCUUUGACCACGUCUGACUGAUGUACUGAAUGGCUUUUCUGAAUGGAAGUUCGAUGAUAAAGCGUCUGAUGUUCAUUUUCAUAUAGAAUUGGAUUUCCAAAAUACACUGCUGUUUACUCCUUGUCCUUUUGCUGUGUUUAAAUGUUCCUUGUUGAGUUUUUGACUACUGUUUACAAUAUAAAACUAAAUAUAUAUUUUCUUA